AUGUGAUUCAGAAGUAGCAGGGCUGUCAUUCGAUGUGGAACUAAUACAUUAAACGGCUCUUGUAUUUGUUUUGAGUCAAAUUUUGACGAAAAUUUGUGCCAUUUAAUGUAUGUUUAUUUUCGAGUAUAAUUAAAUUAGUUUUUGUUAUGAAAAUGGCUGAAAACGGAGUAAAUGGUCAUAAGAGCGGAGUAAUGGAAUGGAAGGUAGGAUUUAUGAAUAAUACUGAGAAAUAUCUGACAGCGGAGACAUUCGGGUUUAAAGUCAACGCCUCUGGUGUGGCCCUAAAGAAGAAGCAAAUCUGGACGAUCGAGCAGGAGCAGGACCACGACUUUGUCUACAUCCGGAGUAGUCUGGGACGCUACAUGAAGUCGGACAAGUACGGCACCGUCACGGUGGAUACGGAGGCGGAGGAAAAGGGUGAGGACGCGAAGUUCACCGUCGAGUACUCCAAGGACGGACAAUGGGCCUUCCGCCACGUGGAACGCGGCAACUACCUGAGCGGCACUGACGACAUUGUCAAGUGCUUCGAAAAGACCCCAACAAGUAACAGCUGGUGGAGCAUCCAGCUCUACAUCCAUCCACAGAUACAUCUACGUAACGUCAACCGUAAACGCUACGCCCAUUUAAACAAUGAUACUAACGAACUCGAAUGCACGGAACUAAUUCCAUGGGGUGCGGACGCUCUUGUUUUCCUAGACUUUGUAAAGGGCAAAUAUGUCCUUAAGUCCUGCGACAACCGUUUCCUUAACAGAGAUGGUAGCCUCCAGGAAGCUAUUGACAACAAUGCGUUGUUCAUGAUGGAGAUUCACUCCGGAGCCCUGGCGUUCAAGGACUGCGAGGGGCGCUACCUGACGGCGGUAGGUAAGGGGACGAUGAAGGGCCGGAAUAAGAACAUCAGCAAGGACGAGCUUUUCACGAUCGAGGACAGCCACCCGCAAGUCCAGAUUGUCUCCCACAACGGCAAGAGCGUCUCUGUCAAACAAGGUGUGGACGUGUCGGCGAACCAGCCGGCGGAAGAGAUAGAAGACACGGAGAUAUUCCAGAUCGAGCAUAACCGGGCCUCCGACACAUGGGCGCUCCUGGCCUCCACCAACAAGUACUGGAGCCUCCAGUCUGCCGGCACCGUGCAGGCCAAAACAGCAGAGACGGAAGGGGCGAAGAGUUUCUUCACGAUUGAGUGGCAGGAGGAUGGGACGGUGGGCAUCAAAGGCUCCGACGGGAAGUACCUGUCGAACAAGCAGACCGGCAUUCUCUUCUCCGCCGGGACCACCCUUGAGCCAACCGACCUGUUCCGGAUCACCAUCAUCAACCGACCUCUGCUCGUGUUGAAGAGCGAGUUCGGGUUCGUUGGAGCAAAGGGUAACCAGUUCAUCUGUAGCAAGGCCAAGUAUGACUCUCUCACCCUGCAGUCCGCCGGCAGUGGGCUCUACACCAUCCAGGGUACAGACGGUAAAUACUGGAGCGUGGGUGAGGACACGCUGGUGUACGGGGACGCCACCGGAACCAAGUUCCAGUUUCAGUUCUGCGGGGGCUCUAUGAUGGCUAUCAGGACGCACAAGGGGCCCUUCCUGAAGGGCGAACAGAAUGGGCUCCUCAAAGCAUGUGCCCCCGACCUCGAGUCCGCAACAUUGUGGGAAUUCUAACGGUGCUUUCCUAUGACAUAAGUGUGCGAAUGAUUCUGAUUAUGGAUGUUUAACUUAAGGGAGUUUAGAUAUUCUCGGAGCUAAACUAGUACAUCGAGCGAAUGUUGGGUACAAUGAUAAUAUUAUUAACAUUUUUGCUAAUUGAUCAGUGCAAUCUUAUAUAGUACAUAGCAUUUGGACAUGAUGAUUGUGGUAGUUUACUGCCAUUUAAAAGCGGAUCUAACAAUUGUCUUGAACUUAAAUAUGUAAAUAUGCCUAAUAGACAUAAGUUGUCAUAUGUAUUGAUAUGCUGCUUUUACUCCACCCAUUCCAGUAGUUCUUGGCUGAAGCAAGCUUCUUUAGUGCUAUUCUAACCAAACUUAGUGAGGGCCCAAUGUUAACUGACAAAAUCAGCUUGUAGGGAAGGAUGGAUUUAUGAAGCAUAUAAUACAAUGAAGCAUAUGAUAUGAUGCCUUUCAAAAGCAUAGCAUUUAAGUACACUUGACAAUGUUUUGAGUUUGGAUCAUUUAGCAUUCUUUGCUUUCACAAUUAACUUCAUCCUAUUAUUCCGGGGACCAUAUCUAUUUUUGCCAGAAAUUAUACAUUGAUUUGUAUGCUAAAUGUACCAAUGUCUUUACCAAUUAUAGCUUUAAAACUUGACCAUUUUCAUGAUAUAUUUACCCAUCCACUAUCUAUUAAGUAUUCUGCUACAUAAGUUUGCUCAAAGCAUUUUCAAACAUUGCAGAUAUAUACAUUAUAAUAAUGUGCUUAUGUUGAGUCGGGAGCACAACAACUUCUACUUCUAUAUCUUCUACUGCUACAAUCAAAUCCAUGUAACGUCUGUGAUAGAAGUAAGAUGGAAAUCCCUCUAACCAAAACCACCAGUGUAUUCAUUCAUUAUUUUUAUAUCAUUUUUUAUACUCAUUAAAAGGCACACUCAUUAAAAGGCGCACUCAUGUUUGCUACCAUUGAUAUUUUAUAUAUGCCCUAGAUAUAUUUUGACUCUCGUUUGUUACGAUCUUUAUAACAAUUUCACUCACUGGCAUACAAGCUGUAUGGGUACUGUAUGGCUUUUUUGUCAGAUAGCAAUCACAUAACAUGGUCUCUAAAUUUUGCUAUUUACUAAAACCUUGGAAAUGGCUGUAAUAGAAAUCAGGGAAAUAAUUACACAACAUAUCACAUGUCUGGCAAAGUCUGUGCAAGACAGCCACAGUGGUCUAACAAAGAGAGUGACAACCUCCACUCCACAUGUAAAUGACAUUGAUUUUUACCCAGAUUCUAGAACCCUGAUCAAUAUUAAAAGUCUGGGAUCUCAAUAAGAGUAUUAGGGCAACUUGGUUAUUACAACUGUUGUGUUUUAAGGGAUCAAUUUUAGGGUGAAAAUGGAGAACAAUUUGAUCACAAGCCAUGGUGACUCACACCCCAUGCUGAAAUAGCUAAUUAUUGGCCAUGGUAAAUUAACCUCACAGAUGGAAGUUUUUAUUUUCUGAAGACGAUACUAUUCACAUGAAUGUUUUUUGUUGUUUAAAGCAAGUAACCAUGGCCACUAAAGGCCUAUGGGAGUUAGAGAUGUGUAAAUAUUUUCAUUUGAGAUGCUGACUAGACUGUAGAAAGCCAUCAUUAUUUGGUAUCUUACAAUAAAUUCAGAAAAACUU